UAGAUACGCUAUAGUCAGUCUGUCUCCAUCGAUCACAGGAAACGCUCUUGAAUUUCAUUUGAAUUCGUUGAGAAGCAUUAUUUGAGAAGCUUAACUUUUGCGUGUUUUUGUGCAUUUGCGUAUUGUCUGGCGCGAUGGAUCGCGCCUUUGGAAACUUGGAGAACAAGUUCAAGUGUCUGGUGAAGGCGGAAGGCAAGGGAAUGGCCCUCAAGUUGGUUGGAUUCUACGCCGUCGGCUGGACCCUUCGAAAGUUGGUCAAGUGAUGCCUGUUGGUCGUUCUCGUUUUUCCGUUACCCGUAUUUGUCGCCCCUUUGAAAAUUCUAUGUACGAAUAAAUUGCGGUUUCACCUCAUAA